GAAUCGUAUUAACGCCCAUUGUGUUAGUUGCCCCAGCUCCUUCAAGGAGUGAAUGGGAGUCAAUUGGGCGCUAGCUCAAAAACCCAACAUUAGCAUGAAUUUCGUCAACAAGAAGUACAACAUUACAAAUAUUUUCCGUGAUGUGAUAUAAUUAACUUGCUAUCUGUAAUAUUGUAUAGCUUUUGAAUCGUGACAUUACGUACUUUCGAGGAAAAUAGGCACGUUUCCUGAUUCAUACCUUGACUUUAAAAAGAGAUUGCGUGACGAUUAGUUUUAGCAACCGCGUGACGCAGCAUAACAACCUGAGCGCGAUUGGUCGACAGUCUGCGGGGUGGGGCGUUAGACGUUCCUCCAUUCAUUGCCCAAUGCCCCAUGCAUUCAAGAUCAAGAUGGCAGCCUCCGUGUGUCGGUGCUAUGAGCUGGUCGGAAGACGUCUUCUACUCCUGCCAUCCCGUGCUGUCGUCUCCUCAUUCAGUAGAGGAGAUUCCUACAGGAUAUGUUGGUCUCCGGCUGUCCCUGUGCAGGUGCGGUAUGCGUCAGAACGACCUAGUCGUAAAGGCUUCUUCGGGGAGUUUGUGGAGAACCUGAGGCAGGAGUUUGGGAAGGACAAGGAGAUGAAGGAGAAUAUCAAGAAGUUUAGAGAGGAGGCCAAGAGGCUGGAGGAGUCGGAUGCCCUGCAACAGGCUCGGAGGAAAUUUAAAACAAUUGAAUCAGAGACUGUAAAGACCUCUGAGGUGUUCAAGAAGACCCUGGGGACUCUGUCUGAGACUGUGAAGGAGGGCUUUGAGGAAGUGACCCGUACAGACCUGGGGAAGAAGAUCAAGGAGGGGGUGGAGGAGGCAGCCAAGACGGCCAGGCACUCUGCUGAGUCUGUGUCCAAGGGAGGAGAGAAGCUGGGAGCGACCAGCGCCUUCAGGGCCAUCUCACAGGGGAUGGAGUCAGUGAAGAGAGAGAUUGAUGUGGUAGACGAUGGUACCUAUAGGGCUCCUUCUCAACUCAGGAAAAGAAGUGAAUUCUCCUUCAAGGGAGGGGAGAGUGACAACCGUGUCUUUGAGGCCAAUGAAGAGGACAUGGGUGUUGUUCUGCACAAGGAUUCUAAGUGGUACGCACAGUGGAAGGACUUCAAGGACAACAAUACGGUUUUCAACAGGUUCUUUGAAAUGAAAAUGAAAUAUGAUGAGAGUGACAACGCCCUUGUCAGAGCAUCUCGAGCCGUGACCGACAGAGUCACCGAUCUACUAGGUGGUCUCUUCUCGAAGACUGAGAUGUCUCAGGUGCUGACCGAGAUCUUAAAGGCAGACCCCAGCUUUGACAAGGACUCCUUUCUCAAACAGUGUGAGAAGGACAUCAUCCCCAACAUCCUAGAGGCUAUGAUCCGUGGAGAGCUGGAGGUCCUGAAGGACUGGUGUUAUGAAGCUACAUACAGUCAGCUGGCCCACCCUAUCCAACAGGCCAGGGCCCUGGGUCUAAUGUUCCAGUCCAAGGUCCUAGAUAUAGACAACAUAGAUUUGGCGAUGGGGAAGCUCAUGGAUCAAGGCCCUGUGCUGAUCAUCACGUUCCAGGCCCAGGUGGUCAUGGUGAUUCGUAGUCCGAAGGGAGACCUGGUGGAAGGGGAUCCAGAGAAGGUGUUGAGGAUGAUGUACGUGUGGGCUCUGUGUCGGGACCAGGAAGAGCUCAACCCCAACGCAGCCUGGAGACUACUGGACAUCUCUGCCUCCAGCACUGAGCAGGCUCUCUGAGAGACCAGGGAAGGAGAAGAGACAGAGGGACACUCUUAGGACACACACACUCAACCCAGUAUACAUACACACACACACUUAACCCAGUAUAUACACACACACACUUAACCCAGUAUAUACACACACACACACACACACUUAACCCAGUAUACACACACACACACACACACACACACACACACA